UCCUGGGGCCCUCAGGCCAGAGUGGGGCAGCAAAGCACCUAUGGGGCUGACUACAAGCCCCCCAGUGAUCGGCCCCUCUCGCUGUUCCGGCUCCAUGCAGAGCCCUCUUGCACCACACACCAGAAGGUAGCAUACAACUAACUCUAUCUCUGUCUCUCCCUCUCUCUCUCUCUCUCUCUCUCUCUCUCUCCUCUCUCUCUCUCUCUCUCUCUCUGUCUCUCUCUCUCUCUCUCUCUCUCUCCCUCUAUCUCUCUCUCUCUCUCUCUCUCUCUUCUCUCUCUCUCUCUCUCUCCUCUCUCUCUCUCUCUCUCUCUCUCUCUCUCUCUCUCUCUCUCUCUCUCUCUCUCACUCUCUCCUCCUCUCUUCUUCUCUCUCUCUCUCUCUCCACUGCCAUCACACUACUGUACACACACACUCCCUAUUUCUCCUGCCUAUCUGCUUCUGUCUCUCCUUCUCCUGUCUUCUCUCUCCUCUCCCUGCCUACCUGCCUGCCCUGUCCUGCCUGCCUGCCUGCCUGCCUGCCUGCCUGCCUGUCUGUCUGCCUGUCUGUCUGUCUGUCUGUCUGUCUGUCUGUCUGUCUGUCUUCCUGCCUGCCUGUCUGUCUGUCUGUCUGUCUGUCUGUCUGUCUGUCUGUCUGUCUGUCUGUCUGUCUGUCUGUCUGUCUGUCUGUCUGUCUGUCUGUCUGUCUGUCUGUCUGUCUAUCUGUGUGUGUGUCUGUCUUCCUGUCUGUCUGUCUAUCUGUGUGUCUGUCUGUCUUCCUGCCUGUCUGUCUGUCUAUCUGUGUGUCUGUUUGUCUUCCUGCCUGUCUGUCUGUCAGUUGGUGGAUGUGUGGGCUCAGUACCACAGACAGUGUUUCCAGACCAGUACCAACGGCCCACGGAACCCCGCCUCUGCCUUCACUCAGGUGAGUCCAUCAGCCUCAGGCACAAGAACUAACUUACCUGUCCCUUGACUGGCAUACCUUAGGGGCAUUUCAUGGUAGGCUGCUCACCUGCACAUACUCCGCCUCCUUUUAGAAGUAAGACUUAUUUUGUACCUCCAGCCAAUCGCAAUCACUCUGUUGAGAUAUAUUGCAGACUCCUUGAAAAAGAUGUUGGUAAUCUCCUUAAGAACAAACAUGAGUACAUAUCUUUCCAUAAUUUACAGAAGGAUGAAAAACAAGCUUUGCUUGAUUUACAAUCCGAUACGUCAGUCCUUACCCACCCUGCUGAUAAGGGUGGGUCGGUUGUACUCAUGGAUAGGACAGUUUAUGUAAAUGAGUGUCAUAGACAACUGCUUGACAACACCUUUUACAAGAAACUCAGAAGUGACCCCACUUCCCAAUUUCAGAACAUUAUCUUUACUGUCCUAGAUGGGUAUUUAAGUUCUGGUCAAAUCACCAAAAAAUAACAUUACUUUUUGGCUAUUCAACACCCUAAAAUUGCCACUUUCUAUACUUUGCCGAAAUUAUACAAGAAUGUUGCAAAACCUCCAGGGCAUCCUAUUGUAGCGGGCAUUGAUGCAGUAACAGCCCCUUUAUUGACUUUUGUUGACUUUUUUAUUAGACCACAGAACAGCUCCCCUCCUUUGUAAAGGACACCAGCAGUAUGGUCUUUAUUAUUGAAUCUCUUAAUCCUCUCCCUGAGAAUACUUUGUUAGUUACUUUUGAUGUUGAGUCGUUAUACACAAAUAUUCCACACGAGGGCGGUAUUGAAGCCAUGGAACAUUUUCUUCUGCAACGUGACCCAAAUGAACUCUGAUUUACCAUCCCAAAAUAUCCCUGCACAAUGUCUAUUUGCGCCUCUACAGGAUGGAAACUACAAGUGUAAUGGCUGCGCUCAAUGCAAUGGCACUUACAAAUGUAGAUCCUUCAAACACCCCCAAACAGGGAAACACAUCCCAAUCAAAGGUGUUAUCACGUGCUCCACUAAGGCAGUUAUUUAUCUUAUAACUUGUCUUGUGGUAAAAAAUUAUGUGUGUAAAAUGAAGAGCGAAUUAAAAGUACGAAUCUCGGAGCAUCGUAGCACCAUUAGGUGCAAAAACUCGACAUUUGCGGCCCACUUUUUGGAAGCGAACCACUCGAUUUUGUCCCUACGUUAUAUCGGCAUCGAACACAUCACCCUCCCUAGGAGGGGAUGACCUCGACAAUUUAUUAUUAAAACGAGAGGCUGCCUGGAUCUUUCAUUUAAAGACCCUUGCUCCCUUCGGUCUCAACACAGACUUUGAUCUGAAGGCAUUCUUGUGAUUAUUGUGAUUUUGCUAUUCAUUGUAAAUGUUUGUUGGCCUUUGUAGUCAAAUUGUAUCUAUGAUCGUAUGCUAUUAAUUUGUUUUUUAUAUGUUCUAUUUAUAUCUGUAAAUUAACCAAUGAUAUCAAGCCACACCCGGCCAUGAUUACAGACACCUGCGUGUGUCCUUUGACACUAUAUAAACUAGUGACCCGCAGUGUUUGUCAUUAUACCCUGAUGAAGACAGCUUGUCUGUCCAAACGUUGGUUAUUAGGUUAUUAAAUUAUUGCAUCUGAGCUCCUAGAGUGUGAGAUUCUCCUUUUCUUUUUCAGAUGCAUUGAUAUGAUCUUAUCUUAGUCAGUCUCAAACAUCUCUAUCCUCUCUCUCUCUCUCUCUCUCUCUCUCUCUCUCUCUCUCUCUCCUCUCUCUCUCCACCUCUCGCUCUCUGUCUCCCCUCUCUCGCUCUCUGUCUCCCCUCUCUCUCUCUCCCCUCUCUCUCUGUCUCCGCUCUCUCUCUCUCCCCUCUCUCUCUGUCUCCCCUCUCUCUCUCUCUCUCUCUCUAUGUCUCUCUCUCUGUGUCUCUCUACAGAAGGGGAGAACAGUGAGGGCAGCUAUGUUAGAGAGUGAGAAUUUCAGUAAGAUCCCAGUGGAGAGGACAGCUCCUCGAGAGAAGGGGCAGAGCCAGAUACCACCAAAGCGUUCGAGCUUCGACUCUGGGGAACGAAGGUCAGUCUCCCCCUCUCUCUCCUGGACCUCAGUUCAUAACUCCGGCCCGUUCCGCCCUGCCCGGAAAGAGGCAUGGAUGCAGGCAACAGGGGACCCGGCACUGGGGGUCUCAACCAAAGCCAAGGACGGGGUGGAGCUGCCUCACAUCGGCAGUGGAGAAGGUAGGAGAGGGAACACCCUGUUUAUUAUAUGUUUUUCUUUGAGGCUUUGAAGGGCCUUAUAACUCCACAGUUUGAUCCGUUUUGGUCUCCUUUAGUGCAAGAUGAUAGACCAGCACCCAUAAUGUACGUGUGUGUACUACCUGUUCCUGUUAUCACAGGAAGUGAUGCGGAGCCCCCGCUGCAGUUGGAGGGGUUGAGGGCGGAGCAGUUCCGUCGGGACAUGACCCACUCAUCUAGGCUGGAAGGCCAGAUCAACCAGCGCAUAGCCACCCAGUCUAACCUCAUGCACCUAGGUAGGUCCUAUAGAGAUAGAACAAUAUAUUCAACACUGUUCUAUACCCAUAGCCACCCAGUCUAACCUCAUUCAUCUAGGUAGGCUUUCUAACAACAGCCUAGUGUCCCAAAUAGCACCCUAGUCUCUAUAUAGUGCACUACUUUUGGCCAGAACCCUAUCAGCACUAUAUAGAGAAUAGGGCUUUGGUCAAAAGUAGGGCACUAUAUAGCGAAUAGGGUGCCAUUUGGGACGUACAGCCUUUAUGCACCUAGGUAGGUCCCAUAGCCACCCAGUAGGGGGAGACAUAGUACUCAACACUAUCCACCCUGAUCCUAGAUCAGCACUCCCUACUCUGAGACGCUUUAAUACGGGCCAAACCACUUACUUUGUUGAGAGCCUGCUGGCCAAAGCUCAUUGGCAUUAACAUGUUAAACUUGUGACGUAGGUGCAGUAUGAUGCUAUAUGUGGGUUUAUUCAUGAUAACUCUCAUUUGUGUGUGUGUAGGGCUGCCAUUCGACGGCGUGACCACCUACAGCCAGAGCUACACACUGGGACAACCCCCCACCCUGAGAGGCCCGCAGCGCAUCCUGCCUGAAGCCACACUCAACUGGUACAGUAGAUCACAUCCACGGAUUGAAAGGAGGGAUCUGUUCAUACUUACUUACCUAAGUCUUUGGAGCAUAGGCCAUGGACCACUCCUCUCCAUUGCACUCAGUUCUGGAAAGUCUCCUCCAGCUUGUUCCACCCUGUGCCAGUUUUCUUUGCAUUUGUCUCAAGCUCCUGCAAUCUGUUCACUGCGAUAGAUAAUAACUACAUUUACAUUUUAGUCAUUUAGCAGACGCUCUUAUCCAGAGCGACUUACAGUUAGCGAGUGCAUACAUUUUCAUACUGGCCCCCUGUGGGAAACGAACCCACAACCCUGGCGUUGCAAGCGCAAUGCUCUACCAACUGAGCUACAGGGGACAGACUACUACAGAGCAGAUUACAUAGUGACUCACACAUACAGUGAUUCAUAGCAAUCCCCUUCACCCAGCAACCCAUUAACGGUCAAGUGGUGCUGCAGAGGUUAUGUCCAUCAUAUAGUCUGGUGUCUGUAAUAGCCAGAGGUAAAAGUGAUAUCCCAAUAAACACAGUCGGGUAGUAUUGUGGAAUUCUAACAGCUUUAUACCUGUCCUCCAGACCUCCAGCUCUGCAAACAUAGCAUGGUUAGGGCCAAGGGGAAGGACUUUAAUAUGCUUCACCAUCCAUCCAGGAGGGCCUGGGCGUCAGAGUACCAGGACCGGUACCAGGGCCCUGAUCGCUACGUCCCUGGGCAGAGGAAGCCCCCUAGCGGCCUGGAGAAGGAGCCCUGCACCUCCGAGUACCAGCCUGUCGGCCGCACCGCGGACCAGACCCGAGGACACAUCCGCUCAGAGUACCAGAGGCACUUCACCAAGAAGGUAAUGCCCCAAAUGGCACCCUAUUCCCUUUGUAGUGCACUACUUUUGACCAGAGCCUUAUGGUGCACUAUCAAAAGAAUGGGGUGCCAUUUGGGAUGAAGACCCAGUUUCAAGGCUCCCUAGCAGAGCAAAUGUAAGGCUGCAUUUACACACCACUAGACACACUGUAGAGGCUGUGACUUUCACCUCGUGGUGCACAGAGGGCUCUGCACAGAAAUUGAGAUUUACAUGCCAUUUACAUAGACCCUUGCUAUCCGGGAUCCAAUGGACAUCCCUACCCUAUUGAAGUUUAAAUUAUUUAAAAUGGUUAAGGGUUAAGGUUAGGGACAUCAAGUAUCCCAGAUAGCACUAACCAAUUUGGUCCUAUAUACAGUACCAGUCAAAGGUUUGGACACACCUACUCAUUCCAGGGUUUGUCUUUACUUUUACUAUAUGCCAAGAGUGUGCAAAGCUGUCAUCAAGGCAAAGGGUGGCUAUUUGGAGAAUCUCAAAUAUAAAAUAUAUUUUGAUUUGUUUAACUUUUUUGGUUACUACAUGAUUCCAUGUGUUAUUUCAGUUUUGUUGUCUUCACUAUUAUUCUAAAAUGUAAAAAAUAGUAAAACUAAAGAAAAACCCUUGAAUGAGUAGGUGUGUCCAAACCAUUUGACUGGUACUGUAUAUAUACACUGCUCAAAAAAAUAAAGGGAACACUUAAACAACACAAUGUAACUCCAAGUCAAUCACACUUCUGUGAAAUCAAACUGUCCACUUAGGAAGCAACACUGAUUGACAAUAAAUGUCACAUGCUGUUGUGCAAAUGGAAUAGACAACUGGUGGAAAUUAUAGGCAAUUAGCAAGACACCCCCAAUAAAGGACUGGUUUUGCAGGUGGUGACCACAGACCACUUCUCAGUUCCUAUGCUUCCUGGCUGAUGUUUUGGUCACUUUUGAAUGCUGGCGGUGCUUUCACUCUAGUGGUAGCAUGAGACGGAGUCUACAACCCACACAAGUGGCUCAGGUAGUGCAGCUCAUCCAGGAUGGCACAUCAAUGCGAGCUGUGGCAAGAAGGUUUGCUGUGUCUGUCAGCGUAGUGUCCAGAGCAUGGAGGCGCUACCAGGAGACCGUAGGAGGGGAGGCCGUAGGAGGGCAACAACCCAGCAGCAGGACUGCUACCUCCGCCUUUGUGCAAGGAGGAGCACUGCCAGAGCCCUGCAAAAUGACCUCCAGCAGGCCACAAAUGUGCAUGUGUCUGCUCAAACGGUCAGAAACAGACUCCAUGAGGGUGGUAUGAGGGACCGACGUCCACAGGUGGGGGUUGUGCUUACAGCCCAACACCGUGCAGGACGUUUGGCAUUUGCCAGAGAACACCAAGAUUGGCAAAUUCGCCACUGGCGCCCUGUGCUCUUCACAGAUGAAAGCAGGUUCACACUGAGCACGUGACAGACGUGACAGAGUCUGGAGACGCCAUGGAGAACGUUCUGCUGCCUGCAACAUCCUCCAGCAUGGCCGGUUUGGCGGUGGGUCAGUCAUGGUGUGGGGUGGCAUUUCAUUGGGGGGCCGCACAGCCCUCCAUGUGCUCGCCAGAGGUAGCCUGACUGCCAUUAGGUACCGAGAUGAGAUCCUCAGACCCCUUGUGAGACCAUAUGCUGGUGCGGUUGGCCCUGGGUUCCUCCUAAUGCAAGACCUCAUGUGGCUGGAGUAUGUCAGCAGUUCAUGCAAGAGGAAGGCAUUGAUGCUAUGGACUGGCCCGCCCGUAAACCCAGCCCAACAAUGAACAACUGGUAACUUCAAUAAUUUCAAGAGACAGUUGAGCAAAAAGAGGAAAUAUAAUACAAGUCAUUAUGUUGCUCCUCUGGUUUUGCUGCAGAACUACCCUGGCCUGGCCAGACCCAGGACCAGCCCUGCGUACAGAGACGACUGA